CGUGCCCGCUCCGGAUUCUCGUUGCGUGUGUAUACGUGAGGAAGGAGCUCGAUAACGCGAUAUAUAGUUCGGUCCAGUCAGCUGACGCCAGGAUGCAAUCGCCCGUCGCCCGCGGACUGUAAUGCGAUCGCUCCGUUAUCGCGUAAGACCGCAUUAGGAUCGCAUCGAGGAUCACAUUCGCGGGAAGGAAGCGCGCGAGUUCUCUCCUCUCGCGUAAGCCGAGAGGCGAUACCGAGUUGGGUGCGCGAGGAAUUUGUACGAAUUUGGGUACCGACCAGAGAAAGUGCGAAAGAGGCCACCAUGCCGCUCAGCGCAGAUAUAUCUACGGCCCUCCACUUGCUGGAGCACGUGCAGGAACGAGUGGAGGACUGCGACGAUCCCAAGCUGCAGAUGCACACGUCGCAGGAUCUGAAGUCACUGAUCUCGCUGUUAGAGGACCCGGUGUUUCGCAGCAUAGUCACGAUCCAGGACUCUCUGAUCGAACUGAACACGCAGCUGACGCAUCAUCCUUCUAUCCUACCUGGUGAUUUUGACAUUAAUAUCAGCGGGCAGCUGGAGCUAUCCGUUCCGAGCACUCCGGUGCAGCCGCUUGGACCGAACAUGUACCAAGAUCUGUACCAAGACACCAGCGAGCAGGAGGACCAGAGAGUCCCGGUCGCCCCGUUGCUACACAGCAGCAGCGAGGACACGAGCGCACAGGUCACUAGCCCCAGUCUCGUUUCGGAAGUUAUGGGCAUGCCACCUAUAACCACCCCUACCUAUGCAAAGGAGUUUAAAAAGGUCAUCGAAGCCGCAGCGAAGGGACGACAAAUAUUUACAGUGCAGCUGUACAAACCGGAAGGCACCAGCCUGGGAUUCAGCGUCGUCGGACUUCGCAGCAAGGACAAGGGCGAGCUUGGCAUAUUCUUGCAAGAGAUACAACCAAACGGCAUCGCAGGCUGCGACGGUCGACUGCUAGAGGGAGAUCAAAUAUUGGCGAUCGAUGGGCAGCCCCUAGACUCGAACAUCUCCCAUGAGCAGGCGAUCUCGAUUCUUCAGAAGGCCCGUGGUCUGGUUGAGCUAGUCGUAGCAAGAAGCGCCCAAGACGUUGGGAGCUCUUUGCCAACGGAUGAAUUGUCCGGUGGUUCGAGUUCGACAGCGGCCGCAGGAGCAGCGUCGUCCAUCGUCGGCGGCGGCGGCGGUGCCGUUGCUGGGAACAACCAGACAAGCUCCGACAAGGAUCAAUCGGCGUCAGCAUCGUCCACCGUCGUUACACCGGGACCGACCCCGAAGUCAAGCCAGCCGGCUAGCACCACUUCGGCGGCGACCCCGACGCCCACGAAUACUCCAACACCUACGCCGACCUCGACACCGGUACCUGGAGGCUUCGUUAUCGAAAGGAGCCCCUCCGCUGUCAGCGACGCCUCCAAGAGUGGCUCUGACAUGGUGUUGAAUACGGAAUGGGCUCAAGUUGAAGUGAUAAAUCUCAUCAACGAUGGCAGCGGUCUUGGAUUCGGCAUCAUCGGCGGGCGUAGCACCGGCGUCGUCGUCAAAACCAUUCUUCCAGGAGGCGUUGCCGAUCGCGAUAAUCGACUCCAGAGCGGGGACCACAUAUUGCAGAUCGGCGAUGUCAAUCUCCGUGGGAUGGGAAGCGAACAAGUUGCCGCGGUUUUACGGCAAUCGGGCACCCACGUGCGGCUGGUCGUCGCGCGACCUGUGGAGCCAACUUCUCCGGAUUAUCAGGCUCUCGGAAGUCACGCCCCGAUCGUACCUACGAAAAUCCUCGGGGAUCCGGACGAGCUGGACAGACAUCUGGUGCACAGCGUACCGGAGAGCUACAACGUGCGGAGGGGCGAUACCGGCUACGACAACAACGGUUACAUGUACUCGCAGGAGUCCGACAUUGAAAUGCACGCAAGACCCGGUCUCAUCAUGGACGUGGUACGCAACCCAAUGCCAAUUGGAGCGAUGCCAGUUAUACCGGCGGUGCCACUUCCGGUGCAGCUCCAGGAUCUCCCGGUCCUCACCAUGGAGCCCCUCGACAUUAAUUCACUGCCAGAGAUGGAGCGCUUCGAGGUCGAUCUCACGAAGGACGCUUACGGCCUCGGGAUCACUAUCGCUGGAUACGUUUGCGAGAAAGAGGAGCUCUCUGGGAUCUUCGUUAAGAGCAUUAGCGAGGGUAGCGCGGCCGACUUGAGCAAUAAGAUCCAGAUUAACGACCGUAUAGUGGAGGUUGACGGACAUUCCCUGCAGGGCUACACUAAUCACGAGGCCGUUGAAGUGUUAAGGCGUACCGGGCAAACGGUUACCCUCUGCUUGGAGCGAUACCUUCGCGGGCCAAAGUUCGAGCAGCUUCAGCAGGCGAUCGCCGCGAGCGAGUUGAGAUUACCUCAGCCGAGUUCACCAUCGAUAACGAGCCUACCUAGUUUCCCCAUGAGCGCGGAUGGAGAGACCACUACUGAAAUAGAACCCGAAGGUGAAUCUCACACCACCGUGGACAGCGCAGUUCUGCAGGAAGGGGAACGUUUAAGAGCGUCUGACGAGCGGGACGAAGCGACCAACGUUGAAGCUCUGCUGAGCGAUCCGUCGAGCGAGCUCACACCUCAAAUUCGCACGGCGAUCAAAGCGAAAUGGCAAAAGAUCGUUGGACCCGAUACCGAGAUAGUGGUCGCCCAGCUGAAGAAGUUCGCUGAAGGUAGCGGUCUCGGGAUUAGCUUAGAGGGAACGGUUGACGUGGAGAACGGCCAGGAAGUAAGGCCUCAUCACUACAUACGUUCGAUCUUACCGGAAGGCCCUGUCGGACAGAACGGCACGCUGCGCUCCGGCGAUGAGCUACUAGAGGUAAACGGCUAUCGUUUAUUGGGCAUCAAUCAUAUGGAAGUGGUUAGCGUGCUGAAAGAGUUGCCUAUACACGUUCGCAUGGUUUGCGGAAGAAACAUCGCCUCGCAGGAUCCACUUUGUCCCAUUGACACCGCUCAACAUCAGGCCGCUUUCCAGACUAGAAGCAUCCUCGGUGGGUCUCUGCAAAACUUAUUGCCCACGAUGGAUCGCCUUGUGAAAGCAAAGUCGGACGGUUCCUUGGCUUCAACGACGACCACGGCCACGGUGACCGACGCGAGUCUGAAUAAAAUGAAGUCGCGCUCGUUGGAACCGCUAACCGGUCUGGCGAUGUGGAGUUCCGAACCGCAAAUUAUCGAAUUGGUUAAAGGAGAGAGGGGCCUUGGGUUCUCCAUUUUGGAUUAUCAGGAUCCAAUGAACCCCAACGAAACUGUGAUAGUAAUACGAUCGCUCGUGCCCGGCGGGGUGGCACAGGUCGACGGGCAGUUAAUACCGGGCGAUCGGCUUCUGUUUGUGAAUGACAUCGGAUUAGAGAAUGCAACACUGGACCAGGCCGUGCAGGCCCUCAAAGGCGCCCCAAAGGGGACCGUACGCAUCGGCGUGGCCAAGCCGCUGCCAAUACCAGACAGUAUUGUCCAGCAGAGGGUGACACCAAAGAUCAAACGGAGCAAAAGUUUUCCCAAUGAGAGUGAGACGACCGAUCACGUGGCCGAGCUCGAAGACUUGCUUUCCUCGAGAUCAGGACUGACCGAAGCCUCGACGAACAAACCGGAGGUCGACGAGGACGAAGAGGAGGACGAGUGGAAGGACGCAUCUCCGUUGACGCCGAUCUGCAGUCCGGCACGACGGCCCGGCAAACCCUAUCAUCGCGACAAACGAUCGUCGCCGACCAGGUACGUCGACGUCGAUAACGACGUCGAGAUCAUACACGAAUUCUACCCCACCACGUCCACGACGAUGCGCGAGGAGACGAGCAUCGUGUCGUACGGCGGCACGAUAAUCGUGGAGACGACGAGGAUACCCAGGCACACCAAGGACGUGUCGACGAGGAUGGAGAAGGUAGCGCCAAAGGUGAAAUUAAAGAAGCAAUCGUCCCUGGAGCUGGAACGCGUGCCUCCCGUUCAAGAGGAGCCGUCUUCCAGCGUGGAGGAAGUGUCCAGGGUCACCGCGACAACGAGGUCCGUGCGAGAGACGCAGGAGCAGAAACCUAAGAAGAGCCUGAAACGUCACAGCAGCGCGGAAUCCGAGGGACGAACGUCCACGUCGAGGGAGACGCUGGAGAAAUCGGAUACGUCGUCGGAGAAGGGCGCCAAGAAGAAGGUCUUCGCGGAGAAGGGGGACGGUAAGAGACGAUCGAAGAAGCCGGGGAAGAGGUCCGAGCGGAAGGCGGAGGAGGAUUCGUCGAGGCGGAAACCCGAGGGCGAGGAGUUCGCCAGGAAAGACGAGGAGACUUAUCGGCGAUCGAGGGAGGAGAGGAAGAGCUUGAAGGAGCAGGAGUGCAUCGAGAGGGUGACGGAAUUCCUGACGAGGCACAGCGGUCCGUCUUACCCCGAUGUGAGCGUCGGCCCCGAAACCGCCGAGCCCUCCGUCCCCGAAGUCGUAAACGAGCAACUGGAGCAACGAGUCAAACGUCCAUCGGCUAUUAGCAAAGAAGGGGAAACCGCCGGCCCCUCAACGACAACCGAAACGAUCAUCGCGUCCACGAGGAGGAAGGGCAGCCUGAAAGGUAUAUCCGAGACGAUGGAGGGAACAAAGGAUUCUCUGGAAGAUACUAAGAGGCUUCCGGAGAGCAGGAGACAAAGGCCAACUUUGGAACGAUCCGCGGCGGCUGUUUCAGGAGUUCGGCAACCCGAACCAACGACUCAGGAACCCGCAAAGCGACCGAGCUCGCUGAGAAAGAAGAAAGACUCCUUCUCCAGAGAGUCCUCGAGGGAAUCGCUGUUGGAGGAGAAGAAGGGUGUCAGGAUUCAAGAGGAUGUGCAGGAGAUCUUUUUCGACGACACGAGCGAGCAGGUAAGCGACCUGCUGCCGGAGGUCCAACUAGUGACCGCGAGGAUCAUCACGGCGGAAGAGGCGUCCGCGUUUCGCUUCGAGGAGGCGGCCACCAGAAUCAAGAUCCAUUCGCCGCCGGAAGUGUAUCUCGUUUCAGAGACGAUUAAGACGAAACCGAUGCGGGCGCCGUCGCCGGAAAUCGUCGACGUCUCGUCGUUACAGCUACCCGCUUUGGCGAAAUCAACCUCGGAGAGCACUUUGGCGGAAGGCAGGCCCAGCACCGACGAGGAACGCAAAGUCUCCGUGAGAAAUCUGAAGCCGGAGAUUCUUUGGGAUCUGUCCAAGGUCUCCGAUAACGGUGGUGGUAGGGAGAUCGAGGAGACGGUUGAGGAAGGUAGAGACGCCAGGGAGAGGCGGCUCAGCAGAACCGGAAGCGAGGGCUCGAAGAGAUUAGCCAAGGAUCAGAAGCAGGAACAAUUCCCCUUCACGAUCGGCAGCCUCGCGCAGCCAGACAGGCCGGAACUGACGAUCCUGCCGGAAGGUCUGCCGGAGAAAACAGCUAGUGUCGGGGACAUUGCGAGGAAGAUCACAACAGAGAGCCCGAAGGAAGACGAUGGCGUCGUUUCAAGCGAGUUCCAAGUUCGACGCGUUCCGAAGGACUUGGCGAUUUCUCCGCAGGAUCUUCAAAGAGAGGAACAGAAGAGGCCAUUAUCGCGACAAGAGGAGGCGCGCGAACAGACCCCUUCGCAGGAGAAACGCUCGCCAUUGUCGGAGGAAGCGAUUUGUAAGCACGAGGAGGAUCUGAUUUGCAAGGAGCACUCGCUCGAGUAUCAGAGUCAGACGCUCGAGAGUCAAUCGGACCGUCUGUUCCACGAGGCAAUCACCUCCUCGUUGGAGGAUCUGCUGACGACAGUGCCCGAGAGUUGGACCCGCGAAGUUUACGAGGAAAGUCUCGACGAGGUCGAGCGGAGCUUCAAGGAGACACAGUACUCGCCCAAGGAGAAGCGCGAUGUUCAGACGCAGACUGUGCAGGAAUCGAAGAGCACGCAGUGCAGUCCCGAACAGAGUGUAACGAGCCCGUGCGACGAGGAGUUGCCCAGGAUCAGUCCCUUCCACAUCGGCCAGAGGUACUUCCAGAGCCCGAGGCGGGAAGUGCAGACGCAGACUCAGGGCGAGAACAAGAGUGUCCAGUGCUCGUUGGAGGAUCUGGGUGAUCUCACUAGAAACGAGGGCGCGGAGCAGGAGUCGAAGAGCGUGCAGUGCAUCCCGGAGGACAUCUCCACGAGAUCGUCCGACAGGUCGAGAUCCUCCUCCCGAGAAGACGCCCUGCGCAGUCCGCGACGUGAGGUCGAGGUGCAGACCUACCAGGAGUCGAAGGCGAUUCAAUGCAGCGACGACGAGCUGCUCGAGGCUGAUCAAACGAGCGCCGAUCAUCCGGAGCUGGCGCGUCAGAGUAGACCAACCAGCUCGACGUCCAGGAAGACCGAGAGCUCGCCCUCGUCGAGCUCGAGUUCGCCGCGCAAGUUCCCGACCGUCGUCUUCGUGGAGGGCAAGGGGGACAUGACCGUUACCCAUAGGGAGCACGAUGGCGACGUCACCUGGUCGAAGCAUUGGGGUCCCGAGAGACUGGUGGAGAUAUACAGAGAACCUAAGACCAGCCUAGGGCUCAGCAUCGUUGGUGGCAAGGUCGAUCUGCACAACGGCGGGCCCAGCAAGACGCAGAACAUCUCCGGGAUAUUUAUAAAGAACGUCCUGCCGAACAGUCCGGCCGGCAGGACCGGCGGUCUCAAGAUCGGAGAUAGAAUAAUUGAGGUGGACGGCGUCGACCUGCGGCACAGUACGCACGAGCGUGCAGUGGAGGUUAUACAAGCCGCCGGCAAUCCUGUCAGCCUUCUCGUCCAGUCCCUGGUGAAUUUGAGCCCAGAGCACGGCGGCGCCGUCCAGGAGGAAAGGGAUACCAAAGCCCGAAGGCAGACCGUCAAGAGUCAUACGUCGUCGUCGUCGUCGUCUUCCGGCGUCAGUCCUGGAGCGCCGACGGACUCCUUUCGCCAUAAACCACCGCCAGUUUCGCCCGCGAGAUCCGUCACGCCGGAAGUGAUACAGCCAGGAUUUGAGGACGGCGUUCCGCGCGGGGACUCCCGCAGGCAAAGUUCGAAAAGUUCGGAUGGCUCGGCUUCCGCUCCGCGAAGAUCCUCCAUGAAGAAGUCAAUUCGGAAGGUAGCCCCGUCGCCACCCGUGAGCCAGGGUAUCCUUCCCGAGGUCAGCGAGGAACGGGAGGAUCUCGCGUCCUCCGCCGUCGCUGAACCCGCGUCAAAGCCUAAGUACUCCUCGGAUGAGAGCUCAGAAGAUGAGGAGGACACGCGCUUGCUGGAGGGAAAUGUCUACACGAAGGACGGCAUCGAGAUCUCGCGGAAGAGCGCCGGAAACGUGAAGCGCACGAAGGCGGAGAUCGAAGCGGAUCCGGAGGAAGAGGACGAGUUCGGUUACACGAUCAAGAAGAUACAGAAGAAGUACCAUAAUCUCGGGCAUAAAGUGGUGUUGGUCAACCUGGAGAAGGACAGGCGGGGAUUGGGCAUCUCUCUGGCGGGACAUAAAGACAGAAAUCGAAUGGCGGUAUUCAUCUGCGGUCUCAAUCCGAAGGGUGCAGCUCACAAGAACGGCGGGCUUCUCAUCGGCGACGAGAUAUUGGAGAUAAACGGCUGCGUAUUGCAAGGACGAUGUCAUCUGAACGCUUCCGCACUUAUCAAAGGCAUGGCCAGUACCCUCUUCAAAAUCAUCGUUUAUCGACGAUCGAAGGCUGUCGACGACAUCGCCGUAAAACCGAUAGUCCAAUUUCCACCAACCUUGGAUGACGUUUAUAUAGACUUCAGCAAGUACAAAGGAGUUCGUGAAGUACAAGUGAAGAAGAGUCAAUACGGCCUUGGCAUAAUGAUCAUCGAAGGGAAGCAUCUGGCUGUGGGACAAGGUAUCUUCGUGUCCGACAUUCAAGAAGGCAGUGCCGCGGAACAGGCUGGCUUGCAAGUGGGCGACAUGAUCCUGGCCGUUAAUCUAGACAGCUUGUUAGGCCGCACGUACGACGAGGCGACGGAGUUACUGAAGAAAGCGGAGGGCGUCGUUAAACUGGUAGUUUGCAAUCCUAACGAAAAUAAAACACAGAAGGAGCCAGUUAAGAGUAAGGACCUCAAAAGUGAUUCAGCUUCAGUCGUGCAAAAGACCCCACAAAAGAGCGGAGCAGCCAAGGAACCGGUGGAACCCGAAGAGAAAAAAGUCCGGCAGGAUCCAAAGACCUGUAAGAUCGAGGCCGGCAAGGAAAUAACGAUAGAGUUUCAGAAAGACAAGAACCAAGGUUUAGGUUUCUACAUCGCUGGUGGUUCUAACACUCCUUGCAACGGGGUAUUUGUUCUGGACAUAUCUCCCGAAGGUGCAGCUGGGAAGGAUGGUCGAUUGCAACCAGGCGAUCAAAUUCUUAGCAUAGGAAGCGACAGCUUCACGGAGAUAGAGCACGACAAAGCUCGCGAGACAGUUCUGAAACAAGCUGCUGGGGCUAUCGUAAUGACUGUGUUGCGCCACGAGAAACCAGCCGAGGAAUAUGAGGUCGAGAUACAGAAAAAGAGCGGCAAAGGAGCUGGCCUCUGUUUCGCCGCGUUCUGGAGUAACAAAGGGGUCUACGUGAAGGAGCUGACAGUAGGCGGCCAGGCCAGCGACACCGGCAAGAUCUGCAAGGGCGAUCAUCUCAUAGCGAUCGGCGGACUGGACGUUCGCGACGCUUCUCUGGACGACAUCGCCUUUCACAUGAAGAUAUCUAAUCCGCUGCAAAUGAAGCUAGCUAGAUACCGUUCCGCCAAACAAUGACAGGGUUCUGCGGGCGGAACUCCCAGCACGUGUCCCGACGUACGAAGAAACGCCUGCAGACACUAUGGAUUCUAGUGUGAUAUACAUAGGUAAAAUAAACGUCUCGGUAACCGUAAGAGUACCUUUGUUACGAGAGCCGCGCGGCUCGCUCGCUAUAUUAGUUACACGCCACAGCGUCGCCAAUCGAUCUUGCCGUUCGAGCUCGCGGACUCGCGUGCGACACGAGGAACAUGAGCAGACACACAGAGAGAGAAGUGGAACAGAGAGGAGACGGAGCACGACGGAGGCUCAGAUGAGAGAGAGACUCACGAAACGCCACACAUCAAUCCGAAUCCGAUCGGCCGGUCGAUCGAGUCCACAAACGAUUCCGUCUGCCGAUGCUCGCCCUCGCGCAAGCAGCCGAUACAAAGUAUCUCAUAUACACACGCGUUAUUAUAAUUAUACAGCGAGGUGAUCACGCGUUAUCGCCGAGACGAGAGAGUUCAAUAACGGUGAGGGUUCGUCUCGUUCGGCAUAAAAGACCCCGUACACUCCAAGUCCAAGUGCGUGCGUGUGUGUGCGUGGGUGUGCGUGUGUGUGCGUGGGUGUGCGUGCGUGCGUGCGUGUGUGUGUGUGUGUGUGUGUGUGUGUGUGGCGUGCGUAUGUGUGUAAAAAGUGGCUCAUUCGCGAUUAAAUUUUUUUCUGUGUAAAAAUGACGCGUUGCCACUCCGUAAAGAGGUGUGUUUAAACGCGCAAUUUAGCACGUCUCGCUGUUAUUUUUACGCGGGAAAUUAAAUUUCACACGUGUGAACGAGGCGCUUUUCACACACUUGGAUUUGCAGCGUGGGACAGUGUAAAUCGAUAAUAAUCCGCGAGCCUCCACGACCGAGGCCCGCGAAGGGAGAAUCGUACGGAUCAUCUGGGUCUUUCCUCUUCGGAUUACGCCGUUCCCCCCUCGUAUCCUCGAUACAAAAGGAGAAACAAAAAGAAAAGAAAUCGAACCCGCUUGUACACAUUUCGUACCGCAUCCUGCGUACACUUUAAAGGCAGGUAGAGAGAUGGUAGUAGGACCGACUGUAGCGCGCGUUUUCUUGAUGUACGCGAAAUAUUUUCUCCUCUUUUUCUUUUCUUUCUAUUAUACGAAAAGAGACUCUAGUCCAGCCCCGAGACCGACGUUUCGGCGUUUCUCGCCUUAAAUUAUCGUUCUCGCCCGCGUCGCGGCCGCUCCCGCCGCCGUAGCAUAUUAUUGUAUCGCAUAUUGUAUUUUUUAAUAUUAAUAAGGAGCACGCGCGGGACACGCGAUGCACGAGCCGCGUCGGAUAAUGUACGCGCGUGUCGAGGGUGCUUCAAUCGUGCUUACAUCGACCGUAAAGUUUCAUUUCUUUUUUUUUUUCAUCUCUCCGAGCUUGCGCGAAGCAAGACAUCGGUUUGGUCAAAUUCUCAAGUAGAAUUUUACGGAACGUUCAGAUGCGUUGAUUUAUGAUGCAUUACACGUAGAAAUAUAUGAAUCCUGCACUGCUAACUAAGAAAAACGAUUACCUAGUUAACUCUUUCUCUUCUAACAAGUAACGGUUAUCUUUAACAAAGAUUAUUUUCUUGAUAAUUGUCUAAAACAUAUUAUCAACACAAAUAAAAAAAAAAGAAACUCAUAUUGCAAACUAAAUUAUCAUAUAUCGUUAUCAUAUGCUCAAGAGACGAACUUAUACUUUUUUGAAGGAUAUUAUAAAAUUUUAUUGAAAGAAAAGUCAGAAUAAUAAGCAAAUCAAAUUUUUGUUUUAAUAUUUUGAUUGAAAUAUUUAAAUUACUACGAUUAUAAAAUACAUUUUAAACAAAUUGGACACUUAUGAACUAGUAAUAAAUUUGCGGAUAUAUGAACUUAUGAAAUAUUCGAAAUAAGUAUUAUUUAAUUAAUUCAAGUAAUUUACAGUAUAUUUUUUUCUGUACACGCGUAAAAGUUUAUUUUAAAUAAAUGUUAUACAUAUAAUAUAUUUGUUCCGAGUAUAUACAUCGUUAAAAAUGUUAUGCGAUUCAAUGUAUUUUUAAAUUACAAAAGUACAUUAAAUUUAAUGUAUCUGUUUGAAAUUUGCUUUCAUCACAUUACAUUAAAUUUUGCUGUCUAUUUUUAACAGUGCACAUAUAUAAAUAGAGGAAAGUCGCCAAUACUAGCACCCCAUUUUGUCUUUUAACAAUAUUUCUUAAACAAGAGCUAAAAAUAAAACUUUAAAAACAUAAUACAAACUAGAAAGUAUCUUCUAACAGACGAUGUAACAGUUUUAUAAUACUAUUUCGUAUUUUGUACUAAUAAUUAAUGUUUUUACAACGUAAUUCAUGAGAAGUGUCUGAGAAAUUGGGCUCUAAAACUGGCGUCCUAGACAGUAAUAGCAGAACUUAGAUAUUGCCCCGUAGGGAAGCAGUUAAUUAUAAAAUAAAUUGAUAAUAAACUAAAUAAUAAAAAGUAUAUUUAUGUAUUAAACAAAUGAUAAAAUUAAAACACUAGAAUUAAAUCCACACUUUAUACUUUUUUUGGCAUCUUAUUAAUAGAUCUGUCGCGUUCGACACUAUUUUUCCUACCUUAAGGUUGAACAUUAAAAAAUAUAUAUAUAAAAUUCAUGAAAUAUCUUUGUAGCUAAAGAUUUCGUAGUUAUUGUCAAUCCUCGGAAAGGUAGCAUUAUCGCUGCACAGCGAUUUUAAAACCGCAUUACGAGGAAAAUAUAAAAGAGAAAAAUAUAAAUAAAACAGUUUUAGAAAGCGACAAGUAUGUAAAAUGAUCUAAUAUUAUCAAUAAUAUACUCAUUAUUGUUUUAACUACGCAAUUUGUAAGAGAAAAUUAUGCAAAUUUUAUUUUCGCUUUUCAAGAAUUUGUUUUCAGCAGAUUUUAUACAGAAAAAAGCCAUAAACGUAUGAAUUAUGGGCUUUUAUUUUUUUUAUGAUCUAAGCAGAUCAUGUUUUUAUCAGUAUUGAGACAGUGCAAAGUUUAGUUCCUAUGAAAUACGGGGGUGCCGCCUUUGGAGGGUUGGGCCAAUAUUGGAUGACUUUCCUCUAUAUAAAUAAUGAGUGUACAUCAACUAUCAAGAAAAUAUUCUUUGUAAAGAUAAUCGUUAUUUAAAAGGAGAAAACCGAAAAUUGAGUAAUUGCUUUCGUGGCAUAAAAAUGAUAUUUUUCUGCGUGUAGGGGCGCAAUUCUCGUAUAAUACGCGGGCAUAAUUCGAGGCGGCUCGUACGUCGGUGUACCAAUCAGUGUAGAAUACCGCCUAAAAGACAUUAGAAAUAAGGGAAGGCAUACACAUACAUUCUUCAAGCAGAACACGGGAAGCGGUCGCGCCGAAUGUCGAAACGUCGAUCGAGAGGAUCAUCUAAGUGCUUAAAGACGCGUGCUCUCGAGUUCGUUCUCGGCGCGAGCUCGUCGUACAAUCGAGGUGUUUCCCAGCAUCAAAAUAUAAAUGGCGGAUAUCAUCCCGAGUGUUCAAGCGUUAUAUCCUUACGCUCUGACCGCCCUCAAGCGCGGCAGGUGACGCGUCGAAAAGCUAGACUGGCUUGUUGAGUACACAUAGUUAAAUUAAAUAAUAAAUCCUAACGUGUAACUAGUCCUUAUAACAUAUAGCUUAGAGAUUUUCAGAGCGAAAGAGAGAGAAAGAAAAAAAUAAAUACAGAAAGAGAAAUUAUAUAUAUAUAUAAAUAAAUAAAUAAUUAAAUAUAUGAAUAAUAUAAGUACAGAAUCUAUAAUAGGAGUCGCGGAACACGUGUUUUAAUUUAACGAGUCGCUCGUAUCUGUCAUUGCGUGAGUGGUUGCACGUUCUUAAAGAAUUCGCAUAUUUGAAUCUCGUAUAGUUUAUCGUAGCGUUUAAACAAGGAUCGUCGAUCCUGUCUCGAAGACGAGUAACGUCAUUAACAUUGUUAGUUGUACACGAUCAUUAUUAUUAUAUAUUAUAUAGUAUAUUACGACGAGUAUUGUAUAAAAGAAAAUAAUUAUCGCGUAUUGUACGAUGCGUUAUCGCGUAAGAUUUAGAUUUUUCGGACACAGCAGAGAUAUAAAGCAGAUCCGAUGAGGCGUCUGAUAACCGAAAGGCGAACUGUGUUCAACAGAAUAAUAACUAUUAUUGAUCAAUUAUUAUUAUUAUUGAUUAAUAAUAAUGAUUAUCGAUGAAAAAAGAUGUGACUAUAGAUGAGGAUACAUUUAAAAGCAUUUUACUCUUCAAAUCUGUCCCCAGAUUUUAAUUUGCACAAGCGUGCGAAACCGUUUCUUUCUAUUCUUUUCCCCGAUUUACAUCGGUGUGUGGUUUAACGUAAAGUUUCCCCUCUCAAUUUAUUUCCUCACUUUUUUUACCACGCGAUCUGUCAAUUUACAUUUCCCACUAUCGUUACAUCGUAUAUACUGUUAUAUCGUUACGUGUAUGUUGUUUGUUAUUGUAGCUUAGAAUCCUAUUCGUUCGAAGUGCACUUCAUGUUUCUUAUUUACACCGCUUUUCGAAAUUGCAUUAAAUCAAUUAAAGUAUAUCGACGACGAUUAAUUGUCGCGUUUCUACAAUGUCACGAAAAUAUCUCGGCACUACGGUGGCCACUCGGUGUACCGUCGUUCGUGCCUCUAUCGGCGCGUUCUUAGAGAAUUUUACCCGAGGCAUAAAAUAUAAAAAAAUGUGUCUAGCGUUAGCUGUGCGGAGGAACGGAGGCGAACAACAUCCAUCGGGAGAGUCAUCCGUAAUAUUUCGUGUCCGAAUUCGAAGUCCGCGUCCCCGUUACUGCGAGCGAGUUACACGUCCGAUUCCGGAAAUGCAUCGACAAUACGAUCGCUAUGUUUCCAAGUUAGCGGGAGAAAAUGCGUCCGGCUGAAAAAGUUCUAUCCGUGACUCCGGUUUCCCUCUCCUUCGUUGGUGGGAAAAGUCGAAGCGUUUCGUCGAUGUUUUCCACGUCAAGAGAAGUAGAGAAGUAAAGAUUCGUAACAGUGGAAAGUCAGCAAACUUUGACUUGUACACGUAUAUAGGAAUGAUUUGAAUAAGAAAUCCUUUUGUGAGCUAUUUAUCAUGUAUUAACAGUAAAAAAAAUUAUUUUCAAAGUUAACAAAAUAUUAGAGGAGAAGGUGGACUGUAGAUAUCAUCGCCACUCGUACUGUUUCCGUUAUUAGGUAACGAAUUCUAGUAAUUACUUAUGAUAUCUGUUUAGUAGCUUGCCAUUAUAUUAGCUGUUAGCGAUGCUAAUAUGUCAAUACACAUUAGGCAUUUAUUACAAAGCAUUUUUACUUUUGAGCAUUUUGAAACUUUUUCAAGGUACAUUUUAACAUUUAAUUAUACAUACACUCUCAUUCUUUUUAAACUUGAGCGUAUCGUCGCACGGAUGUAAGUACACCCGAGUAUUUUUUUUUUUUUUUUUUUAUUUAACUUUUCAUUCGGCUGUACACACAUUUCUAGUUAUGCAAAGUUAAUAACAAUGGGAUUUUAAUAAUGUGGACACUGACGUCUCCAUAGGCCUAAUUCAGCCUCUUUUUGAAAGUUUUCAUAUCGAAGUAGUUAUUCGACAAGUUCAUUGUAGUUUUAUUGCUAAUCUGUAGCUUACAUUACGCGUGUUAUAGAUUUUCAAUACUGCAGUCUAUGUAUAUAUAGAAGACUUAUGCGUACGUACACACAUUUGCACAUACUCUGCAAUAUUAUCUCUUUAUUUUGAAUAAAUGUGUAAUUUUAUAACAAAGCGCUGUAAUUUCUUAAUUCAAAUCAAUUUUUUAAACUUAUUCUUGCGGUGGAUUAUAUUACCACCCUUGUUCCUCUUCGACCUAUUUGUGCAUUGUCGCUACAUUUUUAUAAAUAAUAUUUCAUAUAACAAAUAUAUCGUAGCUUUGAGCUCUAGAAUAUAUUGAACAGUGUGAUAAAUAUAAUCGUUAAAUUUUCAAUUAAAAAUUAUUGACAGAGUUAUUGUAUAAGAUAUGUAUAAAUGGUUGACCAAAUCACUCUCUCCUCUAACAUAAGAAACUACUGCAGUCUGACCCAUCGCAUGGUAUAAAUCGUAUUUUUGCAGAGUUUGCGAAUGUUCUAGUUGACAUUUUUAACCGAACUAAAUGUAUUAUAUCUUAAAAGCUUUCCAUUAUAGAAAACCAAAAAAAUUCGGUUAAAAAUUAACAAAAUAGCAGUAAAACGUAUUUAAAAAAUCAAAGAAAUAGAGUGCUUUUUAUUGGUAUAAAAUAUAAAUAUAAAUAACAGUAUAAGAUUGAUUUUAAUGAAUUCUAUAGAACGUUUAAUGUUCUUUAAUUUAAAAAAAUAUAUAUAAUUAUUAGAUUUACACCGCACGAUGGGUUAAGCUGUAACAGUUUUAUAUGUUAAUACUUUGUAACUGUGAAAAAUAGUUUCUUAUUUCUAAUAUGUGUACAAACAGCUCAAUAUAUCAACAUAAAUAGCCCACGAAAGGAUUUCGUAUUUAAUUUAUUCCCAUGUCUAUUUAAGGAAAUAAAGUUUAUCGAACUUUCCGAUGCUACUACAAACUUUUCUAUUUUCCUUAAAUCGAGUUUGCCUCGGUUUAUUCUGGUACGGGCUAUUCACAUUCGUAUGCAUGGAGACGCGACUUCGAACACGAUUCAGCGCGGAUAUACGGCUAUCUCGAUAUUAUGUAAUCCUCCAUAGUUACAGUUCUGUUUACAUAUGCAUUUAUUGUACGAUUAUUGAUAGCGUUAUUGCACGCGGAGCGGGGCGAUUGUAAAAUGGCACGAGGACAGCUCACGGACGAUCCGUCGUGAUCGAGUCCGACACCUAAAUGUCCUGCGAGAAAAUGAAGAAGUAAAAAGGACGAGGGUGACAAAAGGAUAUCCCGUGUGGCUUUCUCUUUGUGGAUUGUAGACAAAUUCGGAAAAUUCGGCGUGCCAUUUUACGAUCGAGCUUUUGGGCUCACAAUUAUUCUCCUGAUUAUUGUUAUUCGUGAUUAUUACAAUCGACGUCAUGAUCAUCGUAGCGCGGCACUACUGACAGUAAGAAAGAAACUGAUUAUAACAUAGAAUAAGAAUAAAUCGGAGGGGGAGAGAGACGGAGAUCUAUUAAAAGCAUUAAUUGCAACGUUGUAGUAAA